AUGCUUAGAAAUUGGGAAACAGAGCAACAUGGAGUCCUUGAGGAAGGCCCAGACUAUUGGUCAUCACAAGCCAACAAACACUGGCAAGGGAAGAUGUGGAUACUUGUGAAAGAAUUGGGCAAAAGGAAGAAGCAGGAGUUGGAGGGAGAAACAGAGGAAGCAAUGCUUUCGAGCCCACUGCAAUCGCUGUCUCCACCACCCUCGAACGGUAGCGUUCCGGGGGUCGCACAAAAUCCGAAGACAAACACUGCCGUUAGUGAUGAGUCGCCUGAGAUUAGUACACGUCCGUCGGAAGUCCAGGCAGGACCAUCGCAAAGGCCGUUACAACCCACACCUGAACACGAACCCGACUACCUUUCCACCCUUACAAAGGGCCAGAAGCGUACACGUACCGAAGUUGAAGGCCACGAGGAGGAGGCGGAGAGAAUUAGCAACACUCCAACCGAAGCAGGAGCCUGCACCUACCACCAAGAGCACAAAAGGCCCAGAAAGGAAAUUGUCAAAGAGUUCCAGAACCAAGGCAAUGGAGGGACCGAAACGAAAUGUCCUGUCACCAAAGGCUCCGUUGGCUCAGCACACGUUGUCGUGGAAGUUACGAUCAAGAAGUUUAACAUCAUAUCGCGAGACCGACACCACGGUAACUAUCGAGAACAGACGUUGCCAAGACAAGAAGAAACCCUUCCAAAGAAAGUCUCGACUUCGUAG